GUAACCGACUCCACCCGCAGGAGGCGGUGGCCCCGCGGCUUAAAAGGGCAACAGCGACGCCGCCCCCACCGCCGCCUGGGAGAGGGCUGCCCCCGCCCCGGCGCGCGCCCGCGAGCUCCGCGCGCGCUCCCGACCGCCCCCUCCUCUCAUGACCCAGCCCCCUUCCGCCCCACGCCGGGGCUCCGCGCCCAGCACCCGCCGCUCGCCCGGAGGAUUUGGACCGGCGGCACCGCAGGAGGAUGGACCUGAGCCCCCCUGCGCGCCUCUGCGCUGCACCGGGGCCUCUGGCCAGACACGUGCGCGGCCUAUCGCGCCGGCCACGUCGGCUCGGGUAGGAAGCGCGCGGGCCCCUGGAGGUUGCUCCUCCGCGUGGUUGUCCACGGGCCACCCACUCACCUGGCCUGGGCGCGGCCGGGAUGGGGAUAUGAAAGGUGUGCGCCUAGCAGCUUCACGGAUGUUGCUCUCGCUCUGCGCUGAACCACCCACCACUUUUCUAAGUGUGGCUCCCGAAAGGUCCUUCUCACCAGACUUGUACUCCCUCCUUCGCUCCCAUUUGCGAAUUUGACAAUGAUGGAGCCUGCCAGCUUCUUCCCAUCAUUUCAAUCUUUCCCGUAAACAUUUAUGUGCGCGAGCUAAUGUGGAUACUCUGCGUCCUGAGUUUCUGCUGGACUUCCCAGAAUGGACCAUGUUUGUUGAAGUCACAUCUCAAAUGUGUCAGACUGAUCCUUCCUGACCAACUAAAGUAACCAUGUAGAUACCAUGUAUCCCAUUCCUAGGUUAACUUACUGCUUCUGUUGUCUCUGCUUAACCCUGAAAUCUAAUUCAGAGAAGCAUCCCCAGGAUUGAGGGGAGGAAAAGCCUAAUGACACCUGUGUCAUUUAAUAAAUUCUUGCUCUUACCUGAUUCCCCAA